AUGAACCAAAAACAUCUCUUGCGUUUCAUUAAGAAGUGCCUUCGGACUAGGUCAAAUGAACUGGUGUGUCAAGACAAGAAGACGGGUGAACCAAUGACAUUGAAACAGGUGUUUCAUUAUAUAUAUAUAUACUGGCUGAAAUUUAUGGAUUCCUCAGAAAUAGGCAGUCCCUUUGAUGGAAUGGCGGUUACAGCACUAGCUUAUUCAUUCCCCGUUCGCCUCACGUCCCCAGGCCUCUAUAGCUCCACGAAGUUGUCAACUGUACAACCUCCACACACCCUUCGGUACCUUACAUGGGGAGUGAGAGGGGGGGGGCUGAAUCGGGCCCCGGUGGCUGCUGUGAAGGUGACAUCAAAAAUAUCUGGACAAGAACAAAGCGGGGAUUCAGCGCCUGCGCAUUGAGAAGAAUCAAUACUCUCUAGGAAAAAGACUAUCAUACAAGGCUCCAUCCGCCUAGAAUUUAUGCAGUUACAACAGAAAGUAGGUGAAACAUCUGACGUUUACGAAUAGAAGCGGAUACUCGAGUAGCAGGUAUUUGAAUAGGUAAGAAAAGAAGUCUGGUCGAACGCCUGAACCAUAGGCUGACUUGCCUGAACGUUUGAGCCCCUGGUGGAAUCCAUCAACAGACCUACGCCAGAUUUAACAUCUCACGAGGCCGUUCGAGUUUCGUCAGAAAACCAUUUUUAUCUAUGGAGCAAAGAAAGAAACUAAAAUGGGUUCCUCAAGUCCUGGCUUGGUCUCAGAACUGUUACUAUUGAAGCUGGAGGUGAUUGUAUUUAGUCAACAUGAUCCGGCCUCUUAUGGCCGUUACGUAGGGACCUUUUUUGUUACCGUCAGGUUGAACAUACCGCAGCACUUCGGUAAUCUACUCGGCGAAAUUGUUUUCCGCAUAAAGCUAACCAGGGAAGUGGAGAUAGAGUGACGACUGCUGGGUCUAUCUUCGAAAUCUGAAUGGCGUGUCCAAGACAACAGUAUACUUAAAAAUCGACUGUUGACGGUAACUCCGAGUCUACUCAUCUGUGGAGGGAAGAAAUCGGUAGAAAGCGAAGAUUCUGAGGGAUACCUUUCGGACUGUCAUCGGCCGUCUAUCGUCUAUCAUCUGGGAGGCAGUCAGUUGUCUUUCCUCAAUAUACCUUCAACCUACCUCGUGUUCUCUCUGACACGAGUGUACACAGUGUAGAACGACUAAAUAUCUGGUGCCGACACCAGCCAUGGCCAGCAAACUUGGUAAUCUGCCCUUACGGCGGGCAUUUAAGUGGGUCCCCAUACACAAAGCUCGUGCAAUCGAGCCCAACUCUACCGGAGACAUCACUUGGACUGAGAAUGCGAGAACACAGGAUUGAUUACAACUACUGAAAAGACAGUGGAAAUGUGCUUACCAAUGUCAGCUGCAUCGUACACCGAGCUGAGAAGAUUUGUCAGUGGUCACAGUUUGGCCGUGGUUGACAAGUUCGCUGACUUGAUGACCCUAUUGAAAACGGUGCGAACAAUAUACAUGUUAAAUGCACAUCGUACUAACAUUUUACCAGUAACAUAUUAGUUUACGGAGAACGUUUUCGCGGUGCUGGACUGCGAAGGGUGCGUCAGGCGGUCUUUUCCGUGUUCAUAUGAAAUUUUAAGUGCAAUUAUAUACAAUCAGCAUAAACUACAGUCAUUUGCGUAAUUAGCGAGGGGAAAUUUCACGAAACGUCCAGGAUGCGUUAUAUGGAAAGCGUAAUGUCGCAAACCUCGCAAUCGGAUACGAAAUCAAUACUGGUGUUUCCAAAGCUAAUAGGGCCUCUGUAAACACGUAGUAGGCACCUGCCGCGGCAGCCACCUCUCAGCUAAACCAAACAUAUGCAGCGCAUCGUUUUAAACCAGUUGUUCUAAUUGCAGAAACAGGAACUGUAUGUCAGAACCUUCCAGAAAAUUCAAUCGUUGUCACCUGUGCCGCCCUCAGGGCAUUCUGGAGGUGAUGUCAUGGAAGUGGAUUCUGUUCACUUAUAUCCUGGAGUCGACUAUUGCAUUGAGCAUCACUGCAACAGCGGAGCGGGUGCAGUAUCAGUGGAGUACUCAUGUUGUCAGGACUUUCGAUCAUCUUCCGUUGAUACUAGAUCAAAGUGUUACUGUCAAAGAUGUUCACUGACGAAGUUGAAACACGGAGAAUUCCGUUAGAAUGCCAGGCAGCCAGUCAUAAGUCCUUGGACUCAUGCUUAGUCUCGGUAGGUAUCACUGUCUGCUGUGGAAAACGCAUAAAGCUGUGGUAUUGAAUAAGGAGACACGAUCGCUUAGACAAGAGCUUUAUUAGCCUGACGUUUCGGAUUCCUGCUCGAAUCUAUCAUCAGAGACAACAGCAGAUACGGGUGGUUCAUGCACAAGGGGCUGCAGUAUUUAUAGGAUGCAGUCGCCAUGCUACCGCAUACCUAUGAAUAUUCACGCCCCCACCUUUAUCAGGGAUCGCUGCACUUGGGGCGCUGACCGUUUGAUUGCCGACAUUCGCGUCGUUAAUUGCAGCGAUUUCAUCACGUGCGAUGGAUGUUGGUGUGAUGAUUCCUCGACCAUCUGAUCCACCGACCCUGGCGUUAGGAAAAGUGCUCACCUGUGCGCUUCCCGCGUUGCUAAUUACUCCGCCUAGGCGAAGUCUCAGCACUGAGUAUUGAAGGGGAAGGUCAUUGCACUUGUUAAUGGACUGGGGGCCAGUAAACCAUGACGCAAGCAGCUUCCGGCUCGCGCGGUUGUCAUCUCUUGCGAGACUUUCGUCCUCGUCUAAUUUGAAUGCAUGACCGAAUCUCGUCGAAUGAGCCGCAACUUCAGAGCUGGCGUCGUUUUUCCACACCGCUGCAGCGUGUUUGGCCAUUCGCGUUCGGAGCUGUCUUCCAGUUUCUCUGACAUAGUUGCUCUGUCCAUAACUGCACCAGAUCCGAUAAACGACAUCCGACGUUUCAUGCCGUGGCAGCGGGUCUUUCGGUUUCAUCACCUGACGCCUGAUGGUUGCCUCCGGUCUGUGUGCAACUCCAGCCCAAGGGGUGCGAGAAGGCGGCCAAUAGCUUCCGAUACGUUGACUUACGGAAGAGUUCGCCGAAAUUUGAAGUCCGUGCGGUUACGCCUUUCGUCCCUUUUGCGUAUGUAUCGAGUGGCGAAGUUACAGGGUUCGCCAUUGGCUUUGAAGACCCGUCGGAGGUAUUGUAAUUCGGCAAUCUUGUCUUCCGGCUCACUACAGUGCAUUUUGAAAGGCCGAUAGAGCGUCCUUACACAACUGCAUUUGUGGCUGAAUGGGUGGUUGCUGUUGAAGUUCAGUACUUGUCGCUUUCCUGAACGCUUUGGUCUUUAGUCCACCACAAUGUUUGCGGCAUACGAGGACAUCCAGGAACACCAGCUGGUCGUUCUCUUCCUCCUCCAUCGUAAAUUAUAUGUCCGGGAAGACCGCCUUCAGAUGGUUCUUGAAUGUCAGCAGUUGAUCCCGGUCGAUAACGACGAAGGUAUUAUCCACAUACCGUGCCCAGAACUUCAGUCUAUGGUGUUGGAAGACCAGCAACUCUAACCGUUGCAGGACCACCCCGGCGAUGAAUUCCGAAAUCGGCGAACCCAUUGGUGUGCCCUUCACCUGUUCGUAGAUUGUCCAGUCGAACGUGAAGUACAUUCUGAGACAGAACUUCGGGAGUUGAAAGGCGUGUCCAAGACGAUUCUUCGUUUCAUCGUAUUUGCUUUGUAGAAGCAGCUCGAUUGUCUCGAUCGCCAGGUCCUGGGGAAUAGAAUUAAAAAGGGGUGUAACAUCAAAAGAUACCAUGGCCUCAUUUGGAUGGAGGCUGACCCCUUUCAGUUUCUCCAGGAAUUGUGCUGACGAAGAGACCGUGGUGUUUGACUCAGCGGUCAGGAACUUGAGACGCCGGGACAGCCACCUAGCCAGUCCGUACGUUGGAGUGCCUUCAGCUCCUGAAGUUCUGUUUCAGGAACCGUUUAUUGGAUCUGAUGCAGACGAGUGUGCCCAGUAUCUCGAUCGGUGGGCUCCGCUUUACCAUUGUACAUACCCGGCCGCGACCGACAAGACAACGAUCCCGUGGCCCAGUCGUUAGGUCGUUGGACUUCUAACCAACAGGUCGCGGGGUCGAGCCUCGGGGGUUGCAAGACCUGGGGUUGGGUAUGGCCGGCCGAUGACGACUAAUAAGCCAGAAAUGGUAAUUUCAGUCUCUCUUGUCUUUUUCAGUAGUGAUAUCCUGCCUAUAUGUAAUAUUACCUGCUGUGCGACUGCCGGUGACGCCCGAGAUCGAGUCACAAGAUACAAAGCGGGACGAGUUUGUCCCGUAUCGCGAUCGAUGAGCGCCCCUCUGCCAAUUGUUCUUAUGUUUGUGCAAUGAUUUACCGUACUAACAACACAGGUAUUAGCUAAAAGCCCAGAUACGCGUGUUUCGCCGAUCUUGUGCCGCUGCCUGACGCAGCUGCGAGGGAUUCGGCUCGUCAGUGGGUCCCCCAGCUUUCCCCGUGUGUUCUUAUGUUUGUUUUCUCUUAUAGUUGAUGGACCAUCUGAAAUUGACAGUCUACGACUUGAACAUCGACAAUCUGGACGUUCACGCGGUAUGUGUGAUUACUGAGUUCUCAGCUAUCCUUUAUCAAUCUCACGGAUAGGAAGACACUCUGAUGUGGAUAAUUAAGCUUGUAAAAAGGCGAUCCUAAUUCAAUUAACCUCAGUAAUUGACCUGCAUUGAACUAGCGGAAUUGCGGUCUUUGGAUAACCAUCAUGGUAAUAAGGACUUGUAAUAGGGAAGAAAAUGAGUACACUCGGGGCCAGGGGCAACCAGUUUCCGAAGCCUAUGUAAGACGCUGGCUAUUUGAAUUCCAAAUUCGGCUGCUCUCGCACCGGACUGUUCAGUUAGAGCAGCAGCAUUUUGAAGGUUGGCGAACAUUUAAGAUACAUCCAUCCUAAUGAAGUGGUUGUCCGGCUGAUCUCCCAUGUUUUCUCGUCAGACCACGCAGGACAUUUGCACAUUUGGGGUCUUCUGUCAUGUAAAAACCAAAGCCCUUCCUAUUACGAACACUGAGUCACGUGCUUGUCCAAAAACUGGAUAAUCAGUAAAUUUGUAUGAAAGCCGAGGGACUAAUGGCCCCUUACAUUCGAGUAAUUCAUUUGAUGCAGUUGUGAAAAACGCGGCGGCCUCAGUGGGAUUCGAACUCACGACAGCAAGGGCAAGACCCGAAUACAACCAAGGCUUUACUACCCCAGCUACAAGGUCUCACAGAAGCCGCAGAGUUUUUCACAAUUGGGUCGAAUGAUUUAUUUCAAUAUGCCGAAAACACCAAUUAAUUAAGUGAGCCUGGUAGUCAUCUGGUGGAUUCUAGAUUGAUCGUUUUGGAAAUCCUGCCUGGGCAGUCGGCUUGCUGUAUCGGCUUUGGUUGGAUCCCAUAAGUUGCAGUAGGCUUGGGCGGUGAGGCCUCGUAGCUCAGGCGGUUAGAACGUAAGCUGUACUCAAGCCUUACCCUUGCUGUUUCUGGUUCGAAUCCCGCCGAAUUUCUUAUAAUUGAGUCAAGUUAACUCUCUGCUGGCAGUGUAUGACUUUGAAGUGUUGGCCACAGUGCAAGAAUAUUGCGAAGGUCAUUAAGAUCAACGUAAUUCCUUACGGGUAAGAAUGUGCAUGCACCACUCAAUGACAUAAUCUGCUUGGUGUCGCCGCAUGUUAGAACUAUGCCUGAAAGUUUCCAUGGGUUAAGAAAAUGGAACUCCGCAAGCAGGCCAUUUCGUGUCUUCUCAAUUCAGUUCUAAAACAGAAAUACUUCCUCGCUUCCAACCUCUGGCUAGGUACACGCGUUGGCUGAAUGGAUAACCAAGUAAAUUCGUUGUAGUAACAAAUUCUGAGAGAUUGUGGCGUCGGACUCGUUUCUUCCUCAUUAGUACAUUCUGAACUGACCGAUGUCUGGUCCGGCCCUAAGAAUUCUUUAAUUGGUCCCGAUUCUGAAGCUUGUUUUAUAAUAGUGAUAAUUCAUUUGUACCAAUCAGUCAGCACGAGGAGAAACUGUCAGUUAACAUGUCAGUAAUUGGGAAUUUAUUAUGAAGUCCGUAGAGGGAAAAACACUCCGAAACAUUCAACGACCUUGAAAUAAAAUUAGAAAAUAUUGUCUCAUCUACCCCACGGGCUCUUCUAUUUUGCGCCAUUCCGAGGUGCAGAGUCCUUCCUCGUUCGAGUUGUGUCUACACACAAGCACGGCCACCAUUCAAGGAAGAAGGAGGAGGAGGAGUAGGGGGAAGGGGAGGAGGAGGAGGGGACUCACAGCGUUGUAAAAACAAUAAAACAAAAGCAGGAUCAGUUUAGGCGCCUUACAGGAUCACCACACACUACAAAAGAGACGUUUUCUUCCUUGCUUACCGGUACUGUAUGUGCAAAAAAUGAUGGCCAGAGUAGGACGUGUAGAAAAAGGAUGGACUCUUUAAAAAGUUCGAUCAAACCCACUACCGAACCGGCAAACUGUGAAACUGUUUAUUGCGCGGCACACCCAACUGGUUAAUUUUAUCGCGGCGCGCUAAUUGGAGUUCAAAAACCAACAACUACGCCCCCUCCCCCUUGUCAGGCGUCUUAACUGCCCUGUGGCAUGGGACGUACGCUCACGAGCCCACAGGCAAUCGUUGGCGCAUUCGAUGGUCUGCUUUCAUGAAAGAAUUUUUUCAAAUACUAACAUUUUGAAUUCGUUUUGCGGCACAUUGCCUGCCAAAUCCUUGGCUGGGGAACCCUCACAGACCUGACAUCACCUUCAACCUAUGACUUCCGUUUGUGAUUUGUCUAUGCAGUCCCGAAGGUUCCUCUUCUUUGCCUCAUCAGGUCCUUGGGGAAAUGACGGGGGGGGGAACCGAAACAGUUUUGUCUUUCUCCUCACAGCCAUGAAUAAUGUUCGCGGUAAUGAUUGCGAUGGUCGUGGUGACAAUGACGAUGGAAUUAUAGGGUACUGACGCGCCUAACUUCAGUCCGGCACGUUCCUACUAAAAUUGAUUCAGCCUUUUUGAGAAUACUGAUUAUUUUCGUCGAGCCAAGCUUUUCUGCGAUUCCGACCAGCACAACGGUGUAAACAGGGUAAUGGAAAUUUUGUGAUAGGCGUUUUCUGGUCGCGGCCAUUUAACUAUCGUGAUACGGGGUCAGUUUGUUUCACUCAUGUUCGCAUUCCUACUUGUUCGUUUCCGUAGGAAAUGAGAGUUAGGCAUGUCAUUGAAAUUAGGCAUUCUGCUAGGUUGUAGAAAAAUCAGCAGGAAACAGAUCCGGUUCUCUUUACUUCGAGAAGGGUCUCUGUGCGCAUCUGGUAUGCGUAUACAUAUUGGUACACAUAGAUAUGUUUCGGUUUUAGCAAAAGUACGCAAGCAGGUGUGUCCCCUAGCCCAGCUACCGGCUGUCCGGCUCAAUCAUUGGUCGCGGGUAUUGGAUGGGCUUUCGCUGAAGGCCAGUUAUAAAAUAAACACACUUACUACUGAUCUUGUUCCGUCAAUUUUUUCGAGAAAUGAGUAACUCGUGCAUGCCUGGUCAGAACUGUUUUGGCUCAUUAGCUGCCAAUGCCGCCCUUUUAUCCUCAACGAUGCCUCACGGUUACAGAACACCCCUUUGACCUGUUACUGUCGGGUGGAGAGAUUGUUGAAAACAAGACAGAGAAUAAGUCUUGAUUUUUUUUCAUUUCAGGAUCGGAACACGUUCCAUCGAUUUGACAAAUUCAACGCAAAGUACAAUCCCAUUGGUCAGAGCCAGCUUCGAGAAGUUUUCUUAAAGACUGACAAUUACAAUAAAGGAGCAUUCUUUGCGCACGUGCUCAGGGCAAGUAUUCAAGCAUUUGAUCAAAUACAUACGCGUGAUUUUAUUUCCAUGUACAAUGAUUUCUUUCUAUUCUCGAGCGCAAAGAUUACGUUUGCGCUACGCAUAUUGUCUGUGCACUAUUCUCUCUGUCUCUCUCGCCUAGGAAGUCUUCUCUGAUCUGGAGGAGUCCAAGUACCAGAAUGCUGAGCCACGCCUUUCGAUCUACGGACGCUCCUUACAGGAGUGGGAUGAUCUGUCUACUUGGGCAAUCGAUUUUAAGGUCUACUCCCCCAAUAUCCGCUGGGUCAUACAGAUCCCAAGACUCUUCGAUGUCUAUAAAUCGAAAGCAGCUAUCGUUAGCUUCCAGGUUGGCAAAUCUUUUAUCGUUCUGUUUUAAAACUCAUAAAAGGUUUUUCGACUAGUCUUUUCUUCAUUUUUAGUCCUUUUUUUCGUGUUGCUUACCCAACGGUUCCCUGUAAAUAUUUUUCGCUGACGCCUUACAGGACUUUCUGGUUGGAAACUGUUUCUACGCUUGAUUUUUUGAUCUGUCGGGCUGCAAAGGCAUUAUUUUUAGACUUCGGUGUCUAAUUCAACUGGCAGUCAAUCGCCAUAUUUGAUCCAAAAUUAACUGUUGUUUUCGGCGAUGACUGCCAUAGCACUUAAUGGCGUUUUUUACGACUUAUAGAAGCCACAUUUUACAGAGAUUUGAGUAGGAACUAAACAUUUGCACCUUGUUUGGCCGUAAAUUGCUCCGACGUUUGCAAACCACCAGAGUAGCUUCAAUAUUUUCUUCUCAAAACACUCCUGACGAAGUUGCCUGUCGGGACUUGGCUACCAUGUUUUUGAUUUUCAAUGCGGUUACUUGUAGCCUACUUCCCACCUCCUAAGUCCCAGGUAGCGGAAACAGCAUUUCUGCAUUCCAACUUAUACCUCUACAAGCUCGUUUAUUUGUAGGACAUGAUUACGAACAUCUUCCAGCCCCUCUUCGAGGUUACUCUCAAUCCCCGCUCCCAUCCGAAACUAUACGCCUUUCUGGAGUAUGUUGUCGCCUUCGACUCGGUUGAUGAUGAGUCCAAACCGGAUACCACACACAUGGAGAUGACUAUUCCUACGCCUGAGAAAUGGACAAAGAAUGAGAACCCUCCCUAUUCCUACUACAUCUUCUACCUCUACGCUAACAUUGCACGACUGAACCAACUCAGGGCGUAAGUGCGUUUUUCGAUUUUUCGCUCUGUCCAGUUUACUUUCCCAAUUGGGUGGGGGGGCAUCACAUGCAGGUUUGGCUGCACAGUUAUAAAGGGUGUCUCAGUGAAGAGAGCUUUUGGCGCCACUGUAUCCCACUUAUUCGAUGAACAUCCGGCGAGUGCAGACGCACUGGAGUCAGAAAAUUGGCGCAGGUGGGCCCUCUGGAAGUUGAAUAUCCGUCAAGCUUGUUUUCUGUUAUCGACUGCUUUGCCACGUAGAAGCAAUCCUGAAGGGGUAGAGUGCACAACCCCUUGAUUACCACGUAUGUGUAAAGCACGUUUGUUUUAGGAAGCCUGUUGAGGCGUGGAGUUUUGAUUUAGCGGCCCUAGCAACUUCUACUAAUUUCCGUGUCCUCUGUUGCUCUAUGUGGACACGAAAAAGUCUGGGACUUCUUUGCCCAAUUGCCAAUCCUUCUAGGGCAUCUCAGCUGGGUGAAUUAAGCACCGGCUCAUACAGCGAAACCAUUUCCCGCCAACAACGGCUGUACGGUCCUUAACAGGGCUAAACUCCUCGUUAGGUACAGUAGGUGGGCUAACUCAUGAAAUGUCAACCGAAAUUCAGAAACGCGUUUUCGUUUCGAAAGGAUUAAUCGAGCAGGGUUGUAAAACAGAUCAUCAUGCAGCGUAAUUCUAUAAUAAUUCGGUUACCUCAGGAUUCCGGCAAUCGAAUUAACUUCUUUCCGGCUGCACGCAAAAACUACACUGCAAAAAUGACUACUUACGUACCAUGCAUUUUUCUCAUUGAUUUUCGAUGCCCCUCAUGUUUCAUGAAAAAUAUGCAUAAAAAUAUUCAUCCUCUUGCUCAUCCGGUAGAAAGCCACUUAUUCUUUUAAUUUUAUACUCGAAUGGAAGGGUGUAAUUUGGUUUGAAAAAAGUUUCUAAUUGUGAAAUGUUUAAUGCCGUGAAAUGGCCGUUCAUAAAACGUCAUGUCUUUGCAUUUACCAAUAUGGCUUGUAAAGUUAGCAAUAAGGUUUAAAUCCAUUGCCAAGUUUUAUGAGCCCAAUAUGGUCUCCUCUCAAUACCGUAAAGAAAUGAAUGGCUUUCCGUACGCGGAAAAUACACGGCCUGUAGUUCGCAAACCCUGAAUGCAAGUGUAACGACAGAUCGGGUUCAAAAUUAUUCUGGAAUUGGAAAAGUUUUUAGAGACCGAAUUAUACCCUUUGUUCAAGCAUAAAGUUGGAAGAAAAUGUAAUUUCCUGCCGAAUAAGCAAAAGAAUAAAUAUUUUUAUACAUGUAUUCCAUGAGAUAUAAUUGAAUUUUUAAGGGCACCGAAAAUCAAUGAUAAAAAUACAUGCUAAUUAAGUAGUCAUUUUUCACGGAGUAUGGUUCUUAGAUGCAGCCGGAAGGAAGUUCGUUCGAAAUCCGGCAUCUUAGGGUAACUGAAUUUUUAUAGAAUUAUGCUGCAUGAUGAUUGGUUAACCCACCCACUGUAAAUGAGCAAUGUAUCGUUGACCCCCCGGCUGAGCCAACCCUGAUUAUGUGGUCCAACUGUGCUCUUCGUCAAACAACGCCGGAUACAGCGCGUUUCUCUAUCGUUUAGCUCUAGAUCCUAAUGCCUGUUUAGCCCGCUGCUUCAUCAGACUUAGCCGAUGCCUUCCUAAACUGGGUCGCGCUGGACAAUACUGAUGACGAAAAUGCAGUCGUCACAAGUACUUACAGUAGAUGUGCUAACUCAUGAAAUGUCAACCAAAAUUUCGAAAUGCAUUCUCGUUUCGAAAAGAUAAAUUAAGUAGUGUUGUAAAACUAAUCAUGAUGCAGCAUAAAUCUAUAAUGAUCCAGUUACCUCAGGGUGUCGGCUUUCGAUAGAACUUAUUUUCGGCUGCAUGCAAGAUCUAUACUCUGCAAAAAAUGACUACAUAAGUAGUAUGCAAUUUUCUCAUGGAUUUUAUGCCCUUUAAAAUUUAAUUAUAUUUCAUGGAAAACAUGCAUAAAAAUAUUCAUUCUUUUACUUAUUCGGUAGAAAGUCACGUCUUCUUUUAAUUUCAUACUCAAAAGAAGAGUAUAAUUCGGUUUUAAAAAAGUUUCUGAUUGUGAGAUUUUUUAAUACCGUUAAAUGACCGUCCAUGAAACGUCAUGUAUCUGCAUUUACGAAUGUGGCUUGUGAAUUUAACAAUAUUGCUCAAAUCCACUGCUUAAUUUUAUGAACCUCAUAUGGUCUCCUCUUAACACCGUAGAGAAAUGCAUGGUUUUCCGUAUACGGAAAAUAUACAGCUUGUGAUUUUGAAACCCUGAAUGCAAGUGUAACAGCAGGUCGGGUUCAAAAUUAUUCGGGAAUUAGAAAAGUUUUUUGAGACCGAAUUAUACCCUUCUUUCGAGGAUAAAAUUGGAAGAAGACGUGACUUUCUACCGAAUAAGUAAAAGAAUGAAUAUUUUUAUGCAUGUUUUCCAUGAAAUAUAAUUGAAUUUUAAAGGGCAUAAAAUCCAUGAGAAAAUUGCAUACUACUUAUGUAGUCAUUUUUUGCAGAGUAUAGAUCUUGCAUGCAGCCGAAAAUAAGUUCUAUCGAAAGCCGACACCCUGAGGUAACUGGAUCAUUAUAGAUUUAUGCUGCAUCAUGAUUAGUUUUACAACACUACUUAAUUUAUCUUUUCGAAACGAGAAUGCAUUUCGAAAUUUUGGUUGACAUUUCAUGAGUUAGCACAUCUACUGUAUUUCCCCUUUUCGGGAUGUCCAGUGGACACAGGCUAUCAGACACGUGUUCCUCCUGUCAAUCCGUUCACGUGUGGUCCCCUCCCUCGGAGUCUUGAAUUUGUAGCAGGUUAGUGUCUGGGUCAUCCCAUUCUCCACGUUGUAACAGUCGGAUAACUUACUGUCGUCUUGCCCGCUGACAGGUCCACGUUAGUUCACGGAUCUAACCAGUGUUGGCUUCGUUUGAUUGCCAGGACUCAUCCGGGUUUGAAUUGCUCAACGCCUCUCAUUCUUCUACAUUCUAGUCUGCGGUAGUGCAGAAUAAGAGUCGCCUUUGCAUGGUCUGGAAUGGAUUAUGUCGAGGUAGCCACUGCUCGUAUUCUCCCACGUACAUAUGAGUAGGUGGCAUUUCAAUCCAAUGAGAUAAUCGGUGUAGGUAGUCCGGAGCUCCUGCAGUCUUAUCGCUGAUGAAGAACCGGCGGGUUCUACAUCAUCACUGUUAGCAGACAUAUAUGCAGGAUUUUCCUCCCCGCUUUUACACAACGAGAUUUGUCAGAAACUUGACUCUUUUCGCUCAAAAAUGUAUUCGCAGUGUGUGGCCCCCCUGUCAUUCACAGUUGCCCCCACAUUUGUUGUAUUCUGUGUUUGCCUUGGCGUCCCUAUGUGUAUUAUUUACCUUGAAACUGUGAAAAUUACGGGAUACCGGGGUAAGACUAGCCACUUUGAUGGAUUACCAGUCGCACUCAAUGCCCAACUGCACGCUGUGACCAUUGCACUCCGCCCACUCGGCGCCGCUGUCUGAUUUGUGGCUAAACAAAGAAGUUACAGUAUGUCACCGAUCUCAUGAAAUGUUGGCCGAAAUUCCGAAACGUGUUUUCGAUUAGGAAGGGGUACCUAGGUGGAGUUGUAAUAUUUAUUAUCAUGCGACAUUAUCCUAUCAUAUUUCGGACUCGCCAGGGUGUCGGCUUUUAGAUGCGCUCUUUUCGAUCUCCUGUAGGAAACGCACUCAGUAAAAAUGACUACUUGAAUAGAAUGCACUUACCACACUGAUUUUCGAUGGCCUUAAAAAUUCGAUUUUGUUUCAUAGAAAACAUGCACAAAAAUAUGCUUUCUUUUUCUAGUUUCGUAGAAAAUCACGUUGUCUUCCAUUUUUUACCCCGAGAAAGGAUAUCUUUCUGUUUUAAAAAAGUUUCUGAUUAUGAGAUUUUUUGAAACCACUCAAUACAGCAUCGUGCCUGUCCGUUUACCAAUGUUCCUCAUGGAGUAUACAACAUAGUCCGCAUCCAUUGCAAAAUUUUACGAAAUCUAUAUGGUAUCUUCCUAGAGGUUUAGAGGAAUAUACUAUUUUCCUUACGCGGGAAGCAUAUACCUUGUAGACUGAAAUCGCUAAACGUUGAUGCAAUGCCUAAUUCGGCUCGAAAUCGUUCGGCAAUUUGGAAACUUUUUCAAAACCUAAAUGUGUCAUUGUUUCGAGUGUAAGAUGUGAAGACAACGUGAUUUUGUACCAAACGAGUAAAAGGAAGCAUAUUUUGUGCGUGUCUCCUAUGAAAUGUGCUCGAAUUUAUAAGACCAUCGAAAAAACAGCGUGAAAACUAUGUGCUGCCCAAGUAGUCAUUUCUUACCGAGUGCGGUUUCUGCAGGUAGAAAAAAGUGUGCUACGCGUUGCUCCGGUAGACACUUCUACUAAAUUGUGGAACCAGACGGAGGGUUACCUGGAGUACCUCCCUGUAUGGCACGUUCUGUGAGUUUCGACCAAUUCGGAGAACAAACUGCGUUCCAGCUCUCCUGUACGGAGGUUUACUGCUAAACCCCUAUUUCUUAACCUUGCCCCUUUACUUCCACACGAUGGGACUGUGGGUAAAGGUAGAGGGUGAUACUACUCACAUCUCCGAAAUAGUGGGCGUCAUCAUCGCGCUUGACAAACUAUCAUCGUGCAGCUGCAGUUGCCGAUUUUAAGUGCCCCGGCAGCAGAAAAGAACCCUUGUGCUUUAUUGUGGUCUGUAGGCAGUUGAUCUUUUUUAUCCCGAAAAUACUCCCUAAGCGUUAUGCAAUUACAUGUUAUGCUUCCCUGCUUUGUGACGCCUUCAUCUCUCCGUCCUUGACUUUACUCAACAAUGGCAUCGUUUCAGUCAUCGCGGCAUGCACACCUUCGCCUUGCGACCUCACUGUGGUGAAGCAGGCAGCGCCAGUCACCUCAUAACAGCAUUUCUUCUCGCAAACUCCAUUAACCACGGCCUUCUCCUGCGCAAGGCUCCCGUCUUGCAGUACCUGUACUACCUUUGCCAGGUAAAUUACCGCCAACGACCUCGCUUGUGCCUCUCGGUUUGAAGUUUGUAAUGCCACAGUUACAGCAGCUUGGUCUUUCUCAGUAACUUUUUUUCUUCUGAAAUAAGAACAAAAUACUUCCAAGGACUCAUGGCUUGCAGGUUUUGUAAUUAAAAAAUCACCUGGCGUACUUUUUUGACCAACAAAUGAUAAGUAAACCAAUUCAGGCACUUUAGAUCCUAUCGAGAGAUGAGCACAGGCGGUUAUAAUCCUUCCAAAAAGGGCAAGAUCGGUCGCUCACUAGAGAAUAUUUGGUUCUCCAUGGGAAUCGAUCAUAAUACCAUACCUUGUUGGCCUACUUUAAGUAACCUUGCAGUUCGUCGACUCCAUGCCACUUAGAAAGACUCAGCAAAAAGUGAUUAAGUGGGUGAUGUGAGUUGUCGGACAUUGUAACCUAGACAAUCUCGGAUGUCUUCAGUGAGAGUACUAUAAGGGGAUCGUCAGGGCUACGGAGAUGGUUGAAUUCCAGACCUGGGUGAGGAAAUGAUUGACUGAUAAAUUAGCCACGGCCAUUUUAGUCCCCCCUUCUCUUUCGAUAUUCCUUCCGCCUUAUCAAUUGCUUGAUACUGUUCGACGGCUUAUGGGCCUCCAGAUCAUAGCUCCAAGGUGAAUCGGAACAGUCCUUGUUGCCUGCAAUACGGCCAGUGAAGCGCCACUUCUAUUUGCUUCAAAUAUGCCUGAACAAGGAGCGUCCAGUGAUGUUGGGCAUAAACAUCCUCGAAGAUGCUCCGCUAGGCAUUUUCCUUUACUCCAAGAAUCCUGAAAGCUCGGCUAACACAGUUAUAAACGUAUAAAUUUAAAAUGCAGAAGGUGGCAUUAGUGCAUUAGAAGACAUAUCGGAAAAUCCGCGCCCUUCUUGUUCACACCAAGCACGGAGGUCCAUCGCAAGUGCGCGUACAGGCAGUGCGAAGAGAAGAAACGAGGAAAUAAACUGUCAUCAGGUUUUCUAACCAGAAGCGCGGUAAAUCUUCACUAAGACGAUUGACGAAGGGUUGACCCGCUGGUUAUGGGUAGAUAGGGCACUGAAUAUCGGAGAUUUUUGUCAAUGCGUACAUUCAAGUAUCUCACAAGCCCUCGAACAGUCUAUUUUCAAACAUUUGCUGCUUCAAGGAUCCCGUCCCCUCACGAUCUAAGAGAAAUCUACUCCACAAACUACUAUGUUGCAACUACUAUGUUGUUUGCAACUCCAGUGAAAUUUUCAGUUUUUUUAAGUCUCGGAAUGCUAAGGAUGCUCCUUAACACCCCGUGAAUGAUCAGAGAAAAUUUCUUAUUCUGACCCAACUGUGAAAGACACGGUGACCUCGGUGAGAUUCGAACCCACGAAGACAAGGGGAAGGCUUUAGUACAGCCAACACUCUAGCCUCCUGAGUUACGAGGCCCCACCGGGAACCGCGAGGUUAGAUGACUUUUCAGCAAUAGCCCCGCUUGUUCACACCACGAAACGGCCGGUAUACUUCAACAAUCUUGAAGUCCUUCCGGGGGACUGGAUCGAGUACGGUGAAAAUCCCAAAAAAGGAAUUCUACCCUCGUGACCGACUACCGAGCUUCGUCAUCAACCGUCGUACUGAGCGUUUAGGGCACCUCUGGUUGGCUGACAUAAUAACGGUUGGCUUCCUGGUUUAUUUUCUCAUUUUGACCGAACGCCCACUUGCAACUUGGCGGAAGACCUAACAGCGACAGAACGGAUGCCGGUCUUUUUAAAUGUUAUCUAAUCUACCACUUUUGCCUUCCGGACCUCUGAGAUUGUCAUAUUUAAAUGUUCCUUUACUCGUCUCCUGUUCCGUUCGACGCUAAUAUUUUGAGGAAACAUUAAUUCGUCACCACCUUCACCGCUAUUCAUGCGUGCACUGAUCCUUUGUUCCCGUAAAUCAUUGAACAAGUUACCUCAGCGGCUUUGCCUUGAUGAGGAGUGUUUGCGGCUACGAAACUCCUGAAGCCUAGACCGACCCUUGUUCAUUUAGCCUGUCCGCGAACACUUCGCGCGCGAUGUGCCUCUAUUUUUGGGACUGAUCAAUACAAGGGCUGCGGAGUUUGCAUUUAUUCAACGUAUUCAAAUUCCAGGCCUUCCAUGCGAAACCAUGGGACGUAGCACAUCUCUAUCCCACUUCCCGCUGGGAUCCUUUUUCAUGUUCUAGGUCGUACUGUAUUUUCGCUGCCGUUGGGUUUAGACUGUGUGGUAACAAUCGGGAGAUGGCACCCAAAAAAUCCGUUACCUAGAAAUAAUAUCUUUAACAGUGGACUCAGACGCCUUCAGGCUAUAUCAGCGGUUGCAAACCUACUUUCACGCGUUACUUGGACUUUCCGCGACGGCCUAACACGGGCUGGCCGAAAGAACAUCAAAGAAGGUUACAUGGACGAUGGUCGCUGUUACCCAACCUUCCCCAUCGUUACACACGUACACCUGAAUAUACGGCAUAAAUUCGCAUUAUGGCAGUUUAUUACAAAACAACAUCACUUUUAAAUAGGAUAAGCCUGCACAACAUGGGACAGGAACAGUUCCCAGGCAUCUGUCAAAGACAUGGCAUUGGGGCCAAACCAAAGACGAUACUGUACUUCGUCUAUGUGAGCCCACACAGCUCGACCACAUACAGGGCCUCCCUCGUGGAGUUUCCUUUUCAGUCUACUUCAGUAUGCCUCAAUGGCAUUGGUGUGCCGUCCGGUGGUAGGGUCCUUGGAAUUCUUUGAGUGGUUAACUGAGAAAUGUAGAUAACCGUCUGAGGGAAGACGAUUAUACGCCUUCCACUCGUCCGUUACCAAUAUGCUGUCUUUGGCGACCCAUUUUGUAAUAACGGAACGGAGAACGGCCCAACUUCGAUCAUUCAUCUGUUCAAAUAAGGCUUCCGUCGGCUAGUAUCGUACAUCCCGACCAGCCACCACCCAUAAAAUCCCUAUUACCACCUGUCCCGUAAGACAGGCUGCUUUGGUUAGGCGGAUUUUUUGGGUGCCAUCUCCCGAUUGUUACCGACUGUGUUUGUGCCUGCCCGUACUUGCCCUAGCACUUGUCAGACGGAGUUACAUUCAAUUUCACUUGUAAUUAACUAUCAAACGAACUUUCGACCCGUCACCGUACAUUAAUGGUCUCUACCGCUCCCUUUCCGCGGAUAAAAUUAACCGUUGUCACCUGAGACAAAAUUGUCACUUCUCUUGAUCGUAUCAUAACCCUCUGAAUUCUCAGCCCCGAUCGAGCCCGUUAUGCGAUGCGGAUUUAUAAUUCCAGCUUCUUUGUUUUACUUGAUGUCUAACUUGGCCAUUUUCAUCGAGAUGACAGUUAGUUAACUCUGCCUUUUCAACCAGACGGCGAAUGUGUCGUUGAAUGCCGUCCAGCCAUUCUGUAAAUGACGUUUCAGUAGACAGCGAUUAUCUUGCAUUCCUCAUACCUGCUGCCUUUUAAAGUGUGCCUUUAUUUACGUUUCUCUUUCUCAACUCUACCCAGAUCGGGGUCGCAAUGUCGCCGCUGAGCAAUAACUCCCUCUUCUUGGAAUAUCACCGGAACCCACUGAACGAUUAUUUGGCUAGAGGUCUAAAUGUUUGCCUUAGUACCGACGAUCCCCUACAGUUCCAUUUCACAAAAGAACCCCUUAUGGAGGAGUACAGUAUCGCUGCUCAAGUCUGGAAACUAAGCGCCACCGAUAUGUGCGAGCUGGCUCGCAAUAGCGUCCUCAUAAGCGGGUUUCCUGACGUCGUAAGUUAACUUAAAAUUUUAAGAUAUUUGUUAACUGCCGGUAGAAAUGAUUCUAAAGUGACGCAUCCAUCGCAGGUCAAGUCGCACUGGUUGGGUCUAAACUUCUGGGAGGAGGGCGUCCGGGGCAACGACAUUACUCGUACCAACCUACCCAACAUUCGCGUUGCCUAUCGCUACGAAACACUUACUCAGGAACUGCGUCUUCUAGUAUCGGCUGCGCUGGAGGCGCGGGAACUGCAGCCACACCCAAUUCCAUCUGGGUCUCCUGUUCAUCCGAAGCUGGCAUGCCCGAGUAAACCGCCCCACCCAUCGCCUAGGCACCUGACUGACGACACAGAAGGAGUUUAA